ACUCUCUACAAUCCAGCAAACUGAAUUACCUCCUCCAGCCUCUUGGACGAUGACCCAGAUCUGAAUAGAAUAUCUGCUUUCGAUAUAUUCUGUGUUGAUCGCUCCCAUCACAUCCUAUUCCCACUGCUAUCAUGGCGACGAAGACUUUGGAGGCUCGCUUAGAGCAUUUGUCCAUCAAUGAUGAGAACGCCUCAACGAAGAACGCCAAUACAUACGGCAAGCAGAAGGGAUCGGUUUCAACGGCCGUUUCUAUCUCAGGACUUGGGUCAUCAGGGCAGCAGAGCUCUAGAUCCAAUCUGUUGAAGCUUGCAUUGCAGAAUACCAAUGAAGCAAGAACUAAUGCGAGAGAUCCCGCUUCUCCCCGCAAGUCCAAUGCGGAGGAGGAUAGCCAGAACCCGUCAGCUCCUCUUUACCAGCAGCCGGCUGAGCCGAAAAAGCUGCACCUCGGCAUGUUUGAGAUUGGAAAGCCUCUCGGAAAGGGCAAAUUUGGAAGAGUAUAUCUGGCCAAGGAGCGAUCAUCUGGAUUUAUCUGUGCGCUCAAGGUGCUCCACAAAUCCGAGUUACAGCAAGGAGGAGUCCAGAAACAAGUCAGACGAGAGAUUGAGAUCCAGAGUAAUCUACGGCACCCCAACGUCCUACGUCUCUUUGGUCAUUUCCAUGACAGCAAGCGCAUAUUCCUGAUCCUCGAAUUCGCCGGGAAAGGAGAGCUCUACAAACAUCUGCGGAAGGAGAGUCGCUUUCCGGAGUGGAAAGCCGCUCAAUACAUUGCGCAGAUGACGGCGGCUCUUAAGUACUUGCACAAGAAGCAUGUCAUGCACCGUGACAUCAAGCCAGAGAAUAUCCUCGUUGGAAUCCAUGGAGAGAUCAAGAUCAGCGAUUUCGGAUGGAGUGUCCAUGCACCGAACAACAGGAGGCAAACUAUGUGUGGAACGCUCGACUACCUUCCUCCAGAGAUGCUGCAUUCUGGCUCUCAGCCUAACUACUACAGCGAAAAGGUGGACCUGUGGAGUUUGGGUGUGCUCACAUACGAGUUCUUGGUCGGCGAGGCGCCCUUUGAAGACACUCCCGUUAUGACCCAGAGAAGGAUAAGGAGAGGUGAAAUGACUAUUCCAUCCUUCGUGAGUCCUGAGGCUAGGGACCUAAUAGAGAGGCUGCUGGUGCUCGAUCCGGAAAAGAGGAUUCCGCUGGACGAAAUCCAACGACACCCGUGGAUUUUGAAACAUUGCAUGAAGAGCGACAAGACCACAGAGAAAGCAUCUAAAGAUGGCAGAGUAUAGACAGGUCAGAAUCGCUCUGAUCUUCUUGAUUAAUAUAUUUGCAUGGAGUUUGGGUUCGGAUCAGGAUCACGGAUGGCUGAGCGUUCAUGGUGUUUGACAUCUAUGGCAGGAGUUUUUCUUUGCAUUAUUGGUGAUAAUCUACUAUACAGACGGUU